AUGGAGGCUGAAAUCAGAGCGCAGAUUCCGUCCAUCGAUCAUGUAAUAUCAGAUUAUGCGGUGGGAUACCUCACUCAUGCCUCGAGGGCAUACGACGGCGACGUGGAGCACAGUGGCUUCUCUCCGCUGUCAGAGGCGGCGGAUGCGGUGGCAGCACUGCUGGUCUCUGCCUCUGGAGACUUCAGCGCUCAGAAUGAAGAAGCUAUCCGUAACCUGGUAGAAAAGUUCAUCACUACCCUGAGCGCCGUGGACCCGGAGAAGAGACAAGUGUCCACCGCCGCGAAGAAGCUGGAUCAUACCAUCCACGUAGGCUCGCAGAGGAACAUCUCUUCUACCCUGGGUCUCUCAGGCGUCACCGUCGAUCUGGAGUCGGCUAAUACCCGAAAAGUCGAGUCCAGAGUAGACAGGAAGAAGCUCGAAAGGGCAGAACGCAAGAUCAGAGACAAGCAGGACAGGAAGAUCAUGAAGAACGUCGAGUAUGAAGCCUCCAGGCUGAUUACGGAAUCUGAUGAAGCCCAGUCAUACGAAGAGUUCUUCAUGGCCGUCAACCCCUUGCAGCUCGGGGCUGAUGCUCAGACGAAGAGCAAGGAUAUCAAGGUCGACGGUGUCGAUAUUUCCAUCGGUGGCAAACGUAUUCUCACAGACACCACCCUCAGUCUUUCCUUUGGACGGCGGUAUGGUAUGGUUGGUCAGAACGGUAUCGGAAAGUCGACUCUCCUGCGUGCACUCAGUAGACGAGAGGUUGCCAUUCCAACACAUAUAUCCAUUCUCCACGUCGAGCAGGAGAUUACUGGUGAUGAUACCCCAGCUCUACAGGCCGUUUUGGACGCAGACGUCUGGAGAAAGCGCCUACUUGCUGAUCAGGAGAAAAUAUCAUCUCAACUCGCGACCAUCGAGACAGAGCGGCCAACCAUGGCCGAUACUUCCAAGGAUGCUAUCAGGCUCGACCAAGAGCGAGAGGCCCUGGAUAUCACUCUCUCCGAUAUCCACUCCAAACUAGCAGAAAUGGAAUCAGACAAGGCAGAACCCCGUGCGGCAAGUAUCCUCGCCGGUCUGGGCUUCUCUCCCGAGCGACAACAGUAUGCUACAAGGACGUUCUCCGGAGGUUGGAGAAUGCGACUGGCUCUGGCCCGAGCCCUUUUCUGCGAACCCGACUUACUCUUGCUUGACGAACCGUCUAACAUGUUGGACGUUCCAUCCAUCACCUUCCUUUCCAACUAUCUCCAGACAUACCCCAGUACCGUUCUCGUCGUUUCUCACGACAGGGCGUUCCUUAACGAGGUCGCGACGGAUAUCAUCCACCAGCACUCUGAACGACUGGAUUACUACAAGGGUGCAAACUUUGACUCUUUCUACGCCACCAAGGAAGAACGAAAGAAGAACGCCAAGCGCGAAUAUGAAAACCAGAUGGUCCAGAGGGCUCAUUUGCAAGCCUUCAUCGACAAAUUCAGGUACAACGCCGCCAAAGCUGCGGAAGCCCAGUCCAGAAUCAAGAAACUCGAAAAAAUGCCUGUCCUCGAAGCCCCGGAGAGCGAGUACACCGUUCACUUCAAAUUUCCGGAGGUUGAGAAGCUUUCUCCUCCGAUUAUUCAGAUGACGGGCGUGACGUUCGGCUACACGAAGGAUAACGUCCUGCUAAGGAAUGUCGACCUUGAUGUCCAGCUGGAUUCACGUAUUGGUAUCGUUGGACCUAACGGUGCUGGUAAAACCACUGUCUUGAAACUGCUUAUCGGUCAGCUGCAGCCUAGCUCUGGAUUGAUUUCUCAACACCCGAGACUUCGCAUUGGCUUCUUUGCCCAGCAUCACGUCGAUGCGCUGGAUAUGAGCACCAGUGCCGUCGGCUUCAUGGCUAAGAAGUACCCAGGAAAGACCGAAGAGGAAUACAGACGGCAUCUCGGAGCUUUUGGUAUCACUGGUAUGACCGGUCUUCAAAAACUAGAACUUCUAUCCGGAGGUCAAAAGUCUCGUGUAGCGUUCGCCUGUAUAUCACUGACAAACCCACACAUUCUCGUUCUCGACGAACCGUCCAAUCAUCUCGAUAUCGAAGCCAUGGACGCCCUUACUGAUGCACUGAAGAACUUCCAGGGAGGUGUCUUGAUAGUUUCUCACGACGUCACGAUGGUACAGAAUGUUUGCGACAGUCUUUGGGUCUGUGAUAAGGGGACUGUGGAGAAAUUCCCUGGAGAUGUCAAUGCGUAUAAGAAGAGGAUUAUCGCCCAGGCAGACGCUGCUGGUGUGGCUAAGGCUCAUUAG